GCAACGUGUGCUUGCGGCGGGCGCGAGUCCGUUUCUUCUCGUCUCGGCCAUACGCGUCGGAGCACCAUUCGCAGCUUAACCCGAUCCAUCCCCAAGAGAAGGGAGAAGAGAGAGAGAGAGAGAGGACCAGAAGAAGAAUCUCUCUGUUUGGCUCAUCGAUCGCUGCAACUUUCCAAGAAUUGUCAGCCCGAUUCAUUACUACGAUUGCUCGCCCCGAUCUCCCUUCCAUCGCCUCUCCCCUCCUCCGCUGCGGGGAGGCAAAUCGAAGAAAGAAAAAGUAUUCCAGAGAAGGUAGAGUCGCACUAAAGUUGGAUUCGGGGCUUCACUCUUGACGCUCAAUCGGACGUUAGGGCUUUUUUGAACAACUCCGGUGUUUCUUUCAGAAAAUUAAAUCAUCGCUUUCUUGAUCGUUCUUUUGGGGCUUGAGUUUGGUUUGAUUUGCGUCCCUUAUCGCCAUUCACUAUGCCACCUGAAGUUUCCUCGCAGUGGCGAGAGAAAGCGUCCGGCUUCUUCUCUUCCUCUGGAGUGAGGCUUAAGCAAGCUGGGCAGUCUGCUGGGAGCAUAGCCAAGAACGCAGGGGGAAAUGUUGCAGAUGCGGCCGGGAAGUUUGGGUCGCUGGUGAAGAACCGAUGGGUUCUCAUGCAGCAAUCCAGGGAGCAGCAGAACCCUGCUGCAUCCGGGGAGAGUAUCCAGGAGCGCUUCCGUUAUGCUGCUACUUCCACUGGGGCCCUUCUGAAGAAGGGCAUAACAGAGACUAAAGAAAAGGUUGCAGUGGGAAAGUUGAAGGUUGAAGAGGCAGCAAAGAAGACCGCAGAUAAAAGUAAGAACAUUCUAAACAAUAUUGAACGUUGGCAAAAGGGAGUUGCAAGCACUGAUGUAUUUGGGGUGCCAAUAGAGGUUCUUGUGCAACAGCAACAAUCUACAAGGCCUGUUCCUCAAAUAUUGGUCAGAUGUGCAGAAAAUCUCAUUAUAUCAGGAUUGAACUCAGAGAAUUUGUUUAAAACCGAAGGAGAUAGAAAAGUUAUUCGUCAGUUGAUUGCACUUUACAAUCAAGACUGGAAUGGAUCAAUACCAGAGGGUGUAAGCCCCAUUGAUGUGGCUGCUUUAGUUAAGUGCUAUCUUGCCAGCCUCCCAGAGCCGCUGACUACAUUUGCUUUAUAUCGUGAGAUUAGAAAUGCAAGAAGUAGCAUCUCUGAGUUAAGAGACAGUUUGAAGAAGCUUCCAAAUGUGAAUUUCAUGACCCUAGAGUUUGUUACUGCUCUGCUGCUCCAAGUGAGCCAGAAGUCAUUGCUUAACAAGAUGGAUGCUCAUAGCCUGUCUGUGGAACUCGCACCUGUGAUUAUGCGGCAGCAAGGGGAUCCAAGAGCAGAUUUCUACAGUCAUUUUAACUACACAUCAAAAGAUCCUUCAGGAACCAUGGAUCAGACCUUGAACCACAAUAGUUGGGUUGACUAUUUGGAUGAGGAUGAGGACGCUGAUGCAUCUUCUCAAAUCCCCCUAGACGAUGAUUUGCCACCUGAUUAUGGUGCCAUUGAAGUGAUCCAGUGCCUCAUUGAACAUCACAAUGCCGUUUUCACAGAUGCAAAUGAAACAAUAUGGAGAUGAUCCAGUUUGGAUAUUGCUAGGUUUGUGAGGGUUUCACAUGUGAAGCCUAGUCCAAAGAACUAAGUUUCAUGUGGAUCUCUGUCGUCUUAUAGAAUAGAUUUGCCUUAGAAUAACAAAAAAGUAUAGGGUUUUUUUUUUUCUUUUUAUGGUAUGGGGACUUAAGAUUGGAUCCACGUACUUUAACUAAAAUCUGGCUGCAACUCAUGAAGAAAAGAUUUAGUUUUCUUUUGUCGGUCAACAAACUUCUUGGUUACAAAUAUUGUACAGUGAUUUCUCUGCCUUUUGUCUAUAUAAUUGAGUUGCAGACAACAUAAUGUCAAUGACUGAUGGCUUUCUUAGAAGAGUGUCA